AUGGAACGACACCAAAAUGGUAUGGAUGUGUGGGUAGGACAGGGUCGCGUAAACCAGCUUGGCGGUUUAUUCAUCAACGGGCGGCCACUUCCAAACCACAUCAGACUGAAAAUUGUGGAAAUGGCAGCAGCAGGGGUUCGACCAUGCGUAAUAUCUCGGCAACUUCGAGUGUCCCACGGCUGCGUCUCCAAAAUACUAAAUAGGUACCAGGAGACGGGGUCAAUCAGACCAGGCGUUAUUGGCGGAUCGAAACCAAGGGUAGCAACUCCUGAAGUGGAAGCAAGGAUUGAAGAGCUAAAGCGACAAAAUCCAGGGAUAUUCUCGUGGGAAAUAAGAGAGAAAUUAAUUAAGGAGGGCGUAACGGACCCACCAAGUAUAUCUUCGAUUUCACGAUUGCUACGUGGAGGCUCUAGAGAUCCAGAUGGAAAGAAAGACUAUAGUAUUGACGGAAUUCUUGGAGGCAGAGGUUCAGAUUCCUCGGACAUUGAAUCCGAGCCAGGCUUAACCCUAAAGAGAAAACAACGUCGCUCUCGUACCACAUUUACUGGAGAACAGUUAGAUGCCCUUGAACGAGCUUUCCAUAGAACGCAAUACCCAGACGUGUAUACUAGAGAGGAAUUAGCUCUACAAACUGGACUUACAGAAGCCAGGAUUCAGGUUUGGUUCUCCAAUCGCCGAGCACGUCUCCGAAAGCACACUGGAUCUAAUACAACACCAACGCUUGCUAGCUAUUCCUCCAUACCAAUGCCACAAAUACCUUGUCCUUAUCCUGCUGGAGAAAUAUCCACUCUCUCUCAACAUCAUCCUCAACACGCUGAAAGCUGGCAUCACCAAAAGUAUUCAAAUUAUAAUCAGCUGAUGGCUCAAUCCCAACAUUUAAAUCAAGCUUUUCACAACGCUGCUUUUCCCAGUACUUCAAGUUCUACAUUUGGUCAUCUAGUUACUGGCACCAGUGGUCCAACUCAUAGUCAAUUAUUAGACACAAGUAUACCUAGAAACGAUUAUCCACGGUAUUCUGGUAAUGAAGUUUACAAUAAAACUAUUAACUAUUUAUCAAAGGAAGUUGAAGGAGAUGACAAAGUUGCUAGCGAUGAGGUUAUAGAACCACGAGAAGAAUCUUACGUUAAAGUCGCAGCAAGUGACUAUGCCCUUAACAAAGAGUUACCAACUAGUGAAUAUCCUAAAGUUCCUACAGACUAUUCCAAGGUAUCUAUCGAUCCAUCUUCAUCUACUAACUGGAGCCCAUCGCACAGUUCUCUGAAUAUGAGCUUAGCUGGUUUAUCUAGUGAAUACAAAUACAUGAACGAUCCUUACUCUUUUCCUAGCGUGCCGGAUCCUCUUAAUCAACAUAAUUACCCUAAUCCUCCUAACACAACAAAUAAGUAUUGGGUUUGA